GGCAAGACGGAGGAGGCUGAGGCCGCCCUGCAGGAGGCCCUGGACAAGGACCCGAACUGUGCCGACGCGCUGGUCAACCUCAUGGUGCUGGCCCAGCACACCGCCAAGCCUGCUGAUGUGUCGUCGCGCUACCUGGCGCAGCUGCGCGACUCGCACGCUGCGCACGAGAUCCUGCGCGACCUGCGCGCCCGGGAGGACGACUUCGACAGGCUGGUUAAGGCCUACACUUUUGUGCAGGCCUAGGGGCUGGUUAAGGCCUACACUUUUGUGCAGGCCUAGGGGCUGGUUAAGGCCUACACUUUUGUGCAGGCCUAGGGGCUUGUCAAGGCCUACACUUUUGUGCAGGCCUAGGGGCUUGUGCAGGCCUACACUUUUGUGCAGGCCUAGGGGUUUUGUGCAGGCCUAAUUGUUUUGUGAUGGCCUAAGGGUUUUGUGCAGGACUAAGGGUUUUGUGCAGGCCUAAUUGUUUUGUGAUGGCCUAAGGGUUUUGUGCAGGCCUAAGGGUUUUGUGCAGGACUAAGGUUUUCUCAAAUAUUACCAUAUUUGAAAAAGUUGAAUAUUUUUUUUUAAAGUGAUGAUGAAGUUAGACUCGUCAGGAUUCAAGAAAGAAAAAACGUAUGAAUAUUUCUAUUCAUAUUUAUAUGAAAGUAAAACGUUUUUCACAAUGCUAUUCCAACAAACACACAUGGUAAAAAGUAAGUCUCCAUCUUUAAAAAUUUUGUUAUCUUCAGGUGCAUGGUCUCUUGCACACACUCAGAAACAUGAGUGUAACGAUGUCCAAAUAAUGAUGCACUUUUUUGUGUGUGUGGAUCAUCCUGCGACUCAGUUUGGUCCGGCAAUAGGGAGUAUCAGUGCUAAGUCCGCUCUCUCCUCGUGCCGUGGGAAAUAAAAUGUCAGGAUGUGGAGAAAAUGAUCCGGUAAUUUGUCUGAGAGCACUACAGUUAGCAUAAUUUUUACAUUUUAUGUAUUUUGAUUCAAGAAGGCACACGAUUCUUUCUUCCAAUAAUCGUUAAGCUCGAACACCCGUUAUUUAUGCUAAAAAAUUGCGAUUUUUCCUCUAGUUUUAGAAUCAUUAUCCAGCUAGAAAUACUGAGCAAUGAUUUUGAUAUCAAUGGUUGCAUUAGACGAUCAUUAAUGUUGAUAUUUCGGAUCAAUGGCUUGUAAAUGAAAUGAUGAUUUAUUUCUCUAGUUGAAAUUUUUGAAUUUGGGGUUCACCGCAUU